AUGGACGACCAAGCGAUCGAGGAGAUCCAAGAGGACAUCAUAGACAACACAGAAAGGAUUCGAAGAUGCAAUCGCGAGUACGAUUACCUUUCAGCAAGAGCAUAUAGGAAGAUGACGGCGGCGAAUCGCGCAGCAAAGAGUCAUCUCACAAUGCCUGGUUUUGGCAGAUGGGCCCCUGUGCGCGCGCCUGUCGCAGUCGCUGUUACACCCGAAUCUGCAAACAUCGCAGUCACUACUGCUCCCGCACCAACAAACGUCGCAGUCACCGCUACGCAGGUCAGGGUCUCGGAUAUAACUGCCCGAGUGGAAGCCGCCGCCAGAAAUACAGAGAUGGGCACAGCUUCUGGCGCUGUAGCCUCAAGGCCCAAAACCAAGACCGCUGUCGUCAAGUUGGACGAGAGACUGUCGAGCCUUACACUGUGUCCCCACCUGGAACAAUAUGCAGAUGUCAAGCCCGUCCCCCAGGACAAUUUCAGUAUCGGUGACAUCGGCUGGUUUCCUGUUCUGCGCCCCUCGUUGUCGGUGUCUUCCUCCGACAUCCACACUGAGUUCGGUUACAUCUGCGCCAAAUCCUAUCCAGUCAUCAUUGUGGAGUACCUGGAUGACUGCAUGUUGGGUCUGAUCAUCUCCACGUCACAUGGAAAUGGUUUGCGUUUGAAAGGCGAAUCUAUUAGACAUCGAAGCGUCCCCGUCGUCGACCAGUCUUCAAGUUCCCCCGUACCUGACCAGCCUAGUUGGGGCGCCGAUCUUUCUCCCAGGCAAACAAUUCGUGUCGAGAACCUCAAUGGUUAA